AUGGCUCUGAUCGUUUCUCUCCCCAUAGGGACCCCACCCCAGUCUCAACAGAUGGUGUUGGACACUGGAAGCCAACUCUCCUGGAUCCAAUGCCACAAGAAGGCUCCAAGAAAGCCCCCACCAACGACGUCGUUUGAUCCUUCUCUCUCAUCAUCUUUCUCUGUCCUCCCUUGCAAUCAUCCACUAUGCAAGCCGCGAAUUCCCGAUUUUACCCUUCCAACUUCAUGUGACCAGAACCGUUUGUGCCACUACUCUUACUUCUAUGCUGAUGGCACCUUGGCUGAGGGUAAUCUCGUCAGAGAAAAAUUCGAAUUGUCAAAUUCCCAAAGUACCUCUCCUUUGAUCCUAGGAUGUGCUACGGAUUCCUCCGCGACCGAGGGCAUUUUGGGAAUGAAUCUUGGACGGUUGUCAUUUGCCUCCCAAGCUAAGAUCUCAAGGUUUUCAUAUUGUGUGCCAGUUCGUCAAAACCGUGCUAACGUUAAGCCAACCGGAACAUUCUACCUCGGCCAAAAUCCAAAUUCUCCUACUUUCCAAUACGUUAAUCUUUUGACUUUCCCCCAAGGUCAACGCAUGCCCAAUUUGGAUCCUCUAGCGUAUACCGUUGGGAUGGUAGGGAUAAGAAUUGGUGGGAAAAAACUUGAUAUUCCGCCGUCGGUUUUCCGACCAGAUGCUGGUGGUUCCGGCCAGACGAUGAUCGAUUCCGGGACGGAGUACACGUUUCUGGUGGAAGCAGCGUAUAGCAAGGUAAGGGAAGAAAUUGUUAGGUUAGUAGGAUCAAAAUUGAAGAAGGGGUACGUUUAUGAAGGCGCAUUGGACACGUGCUUUGAUGGUGAUGGUAUGCAAAUCGGACGGUUAAUAGGGGAUAUGGUGCUAGAAUUUGAGAAGGGGUUGGAGAUUGUAGUUGGCAAAGACAGGAUUUUAGAUGAUGUAGGUGGUGGGGUCCAUUGUUUGGGGAUCGGACGGUCGGAUUCGCUUGGAAUUGCGAGUAACAUAAUUGGCAAUUUUCAUCAGCAAAAUCUAUGGGUGGAAUUUGAUCUAGCCAACAGAAGAGUGGGGUUUGGAAAAGCAGAUUGCAGUAGAUCAGUGUAG